CGGAGAGCGUCGCGGGUGGAGAGGCCACAUCGCCCGGCAGCUCAAGCACCGCGACCGGGUCCAGAAGGGACGCUUCCAGACCAUCGUCCAGGCCUCACGAGUUGGAAGUGGAUUCAGAGUUUGAUUCAGAUUUUGAGGCCAUUCCGGACGUGGAUCAAAGCCCAAUGCCUUUGCAGAUGCGGUACCUGAGGAUCUGCUAAUUGAGGAGCAUUCUGAUCCUUCCUCAAGACCACCACCCUCUCCACGCAAAACCCAGCCCAGAAUGGCUCACUCGGACUACACAACAGGCUUUUAUGGCAAUCUUCCACGUGGACGCAGAGGACCCUAGCCCCCACCUUUGCAUCCAUCGUGGAAGCUUCUGAUUGGCCGGGGAGCGGCAGCCAUGUUAAGCUCCCAUUCAAGGUCCACAGAGGAGAUCUCUGGCUGUGCGUUAGAUGGAUGCAUGGACACAACCGAAGCGGUGCUGAGCCUGAAGCGGAGCCAUGCAGGCCAAAGGCUGCGCAUUGAGAGCAUCAAUGGGGAGCUGGCCUACAAGAUCUAUGAGCGGAACAUGUUGCUCCGAGCCAAAGCUGACACGUUGGAGGAGCAGAAGGGCAGGUUGGUCUACCUGGAAGGUGAGCUCUCCAGCCUGGUGGCCACACGGGACCAGCUCCGGGGCCAAGUCUCAGAUCUGGACCUCAGGAAUGUUAACCUGAAGGAGAAGUAUGAUGCGCUGCAACGACGCUACUGGCGCGGAGAAGAUGCAUUUCGCCAGGCGGCCGAGAAGGGAGCAGAGCUUCUCCGGGGCCUCAUGCAAGGCAAGGUGGACGCAGCCGAGCAUGAAAACAAGCGCAUUGAGAGGGCGAAGCAUGCCAGGGUGUGCAAGGAGCUGAAGAAGGCCACCAGGGCAAGGCUCAGCGUGAAAGUACUUGUCCACAGCUGCAUUGUAUCCGGUAGACUCCUGCAGAGAGAACGGGACGUUGCAAAGGCAGACCAGGCGAAGAUGGACAACCGAGAUCUUCUGGACGAGCAGAAUGGAGAAAGGUCGAAGAAAAGGCCUUUCAGAUCCGCAUCCGCCACCUCCAUGACCCUGGCCAGAUACGUGGAUGUUUUCAAGGGCUUGUUUGAUUUCAGGCUGAAACGGGGCAACUCCGUCAGCAACGUGUCGGAAGACCACUAUUGCCGCAUCCCGUGUUGCGCGGCGGCUUGCCUCCCUUCCCACGUCAGCGACAUACAGGAAGCCCAUGGAUCAGAAGUCAAUGCCGUCAGAUUCAGCCCCAAUUCAGGGAUGCUGGCAACCGGCGGGACGGACAGGCUGAUCCAACUCUGGAACGUGGUUGGGGGUCGCCUGGAGAAGAUGCAGACCCUGGAAGGAGCCAACGGGAGCAUCACCAGUGUGGAGUUUGACCCAUCGGGUUGCCACCUUUUAGCAGCGACAUACAACAAUGCUGCGCAGCUCUGGAAGACGGGAGACUGUCAAUGCAAGGAGAUCCUCACCGGACACACGGACAAAGUGACAGCCGCCAAGUUCAGGUCCACCCAGCACCAGGCCGUGACCGGCAGCCGCGACCGGACCGUGAAGGAGUGGGAUUUGAGCAAAGGAGCCUGUUCCAGGACUAUUGACGUCUUCUCCUACUGCAACGACGUCGUGUGCUGUGGCACCAUCAUCGUCAGCGGGCACCACGACAAGACCAUCCGCUUUUGGGACAGCAGGGACGUCCGCUGCACACAAGUGAUCCCUGUGGAAGGUACCGUGACCUCCCUGAGCAUCAGUCCGGACCAGAUGCACCUCCUGAGCUGCUCCAGAGACAACGCACUCAAAGUCAUUGACCUGCGCAUGCACAACGUCCGGCAGGUGCUCAGGGCCGAUGGCUUCAAGUGUGGUUCGGAUGGGACCAAAGCGGUAUUCAGCCCAGAUAAGAGCUAUGCCAUGGUUGGAUCCACAAAUGGAAGCCUCUUCAUCUGGAACAUGGGAACUGGGAAGCUGGAGACCACGUUGGCCGGAGCGCAUUGGUCUCCCGUAAACGCUGUGGCUUGGAGUUCCUCCGGGACAUACGUGGGCAGCGUGGACCGUUGCAAGAAGGUGGUUCUGUGGAGAUAGCGCCGGGCUUACAGACCCAUUCUGCCUCUCCAAGCCGCCCUCGCUUUGGACUUUGGGGCAUCCGUGAAUCUUUGCAAGAGGACUGGAGACAUUCAUGCUGUUGCUUAUUGCUGUCUGGUCAUUUGUGGCCAGGUCUGGCUUCCAAGGAGACCUUGUUCACAGCUCUGCUCAGCUCAUGCAAACUCCGGCCUUCCUUAAUGAAAUCGUUUCCAUCUUGAGCACAACCUCUCUUCUCCUGCCACGGCCUUGUUCUUUCUCAUUAUUGUGGGCCAAAGGAAGAAUAACCGGAAAACAGGAUAGUGCUGGGAUUAGAGGGUUGGACCUGGAGAGGUUUUUCGUCUUCCAAGAAACUCUUCUGGGAGAGCCAUGCUGCAAUGGGACUGGAAUGAUAGAAAGGAGGGCAUGAAAGAGAGGGAAGGAGGGAGGGAGGAAAGCGUUAGGAAGGAAGGAAGGAAGGAAGGAAGGAAGGAAGGAAGGAAGGAAGGAAGGAAGGAAUGAAGGGAAGUGUAAGGAAGAAAGGAAGGAAAGAAGGGAGGAAGGGUAGCGUUAAGAAGGAAAGAAGAAAGGAAGGGAGGAAGGGAAGGAAAGAAAAGAAGGAAGAGUAGUGGUAAGAAGGAAGGAAGGAUAGCGUUAAGGAAGGGAAGAAUGAAGAGAAGUAUCAAGGAAAGGAAGAAGGAAGGAGAGAAGGAGGAAGGAAGGGAAGUGGAAGGAAAGAAGAGUAGUGGUAGGAAGGAAGGAAAGGUAGUGUUAAGAAGGAAGGAAAGAAGGAAGGAAGAGAAGUAUUAAGGAAGGAAAGGAAGGAGAGAAGGAAGGAAGGGAAGUGAAAGGAAAGAAGGAAGGAAGGAAAGGAAAGAAGGAAGAGUAGUGGUAAGAAGGAAGGAAGGAUAGCGUUAAGAAGGAAGAAGGAAGGGAAGAAGGGAAGAAUGAAGAAGUAUUAAGGAAGGAAGGAGAGAAGGAAGAAAGGGAAGUGGAAGGAAAGAAGGAAGAGUAGUGGUAGGAAGGAAGGAAGGAUAGCGUUAAGAAGGAAGGGAAGAAGGGAAGAAUGAAGAAGUAUUAAGGAAGGAAGGAGAGAAGGAAGAAAGGGAAGUGGAAGGAAAGAAGAGUAGUGGUAGAAAGGAAGGAAGAAUAGUGUUAAGAAGGAAGGGAAGAAUGAAGAAAGGAAGGGAAGAAGGAAGGAAGGGAAGAAUGAAGGAAGGGAAGUAUUAAGGAAUGAUAGAAGGAAAGAAGGAAGGAAAGGAAAGAAGGAAGAGUAGUGGUAGGAAGGAAGGAAAGAUAGUGUUAAGAAGGAAGGAAAGAAGGAAGGAAGGAAAGGAAAGAAGGAAGAGUCGUGGAAGGAAGGAAGUGUUAAGAAGGAAGGGAAGAAGGGAAGAAUGAAGGAAGAGAAGUAUUAAGGAAGGAAAGGAAGGAGAGGAGGGAGGAAGGGAAGUGGAAGGAAAGAAGGAAGAGUCAUGGAAGGAAGGGAAGAAUGAAGGGAGGGAAGUGUUAAGGAAGAAAGGGAUGAAGGAAGAAGGGAAGGGAAGUGGAAGGAAAGAAGGAAGAGUCGUAAUAGGAAGGAAGGGAAAAAGGAAGGGAAGAAGGAAGGAAGUGAACUGUGGAGAAGAAAGGAAGGGAAGAAGGAAGCAGGGAAGGCGGGAGGGUCGUGUUAGGAAGAAAGGAAGAAAUUAUUGGAUUGUUUUCCCUUCUAGUGUGAUUUCUCUCUUUCUCUCUCUUGAUCUCCUUGUGCUUUUCCCACAUUGUUGGCCCAACAACAAGUAGUAUAGUGCAGUGGUAGAGUAUUGGACUUGGAUCCAAGGGGUUCGCAUUCAGAUUUUCAGUCUUCCAAGGAACUAUUCUGGGGUGUGAGUGGCCCAGUUGUACUUGCAAUUGAAUCCAAGUGUUGGAAGGGAGGGAGGAAACCAAUGCCCUGAAUCAUACUCUCGACCUAUUUAUGGAGAUUAGGGAUACAAGACCCAGCAAAAGUGGAAAAAUGUGAAAUAAAAAUGGCAAAUGCUGUUUUGAA